CUCGUCCGCGGGCGGCACUGCGCACCGUGCGCCCUGGAGGGGCGGCGGGCAGGUCCGGGGCCCGGCUCGGCGGCGGCGGCCGCACACGUCCCGCCGGUGUCCAGAGGCGGGCAGACCGUUGACACGCGGGCAGGUCCGAGGAGGCGGAGAGCGGGGCGCGGGCCACAUGGCCCUGGUGCCCUACGAGGAGGCCGCGGCAGUGGGGCUGCAGAAGUUCCACAAGCCCGUCGCCACCUUCUCCUUCGCAGACCGCACGAUCCGGAUCCGGCAGGACUGGAGGCAGCUGGGCGUCGCGGCGGUGGUGUGGGACGCGGCUGUCGUGCUUGCCGCGUAUCUGGAGAUGGGAGCCGUGGAGCUCAGGGGCCGCGCUGCCGUGGAGCUGGGUGCUGGCACGGGGCUGGUGGGCAUAGUGGCCGCCCUGCUGGGUGCUCACGUGACUAUCACCGAUCGAAAAGUAGCGUUAGACUUUCUUAAGUCAAACGUUCAAGCCAACUUACCUCCCCAUAUCCAACCCAAAGCUGUUGUUAAGGAGCUGACCUGGGGACAAAAUUUGGGGAGUUUUUCAUCUGGAGAAUUUGACCUGAUACUUGGAGCUGAUAUCAUAUAUUUAGAAGAAACAUUCACAGAUCUUCUUCAGACACUGGAACACCUCUGUAGCAACCACUCCGUGAUUCUUUUAGCCUGCCGAAUUCGCUAUGAACGGGAUAGCAACUUCUUAGCGAUGCUGGAGAGGCAAUUUACUGUGAGUAAGGUUCACUAUGAUCCUGAAAAAGAUGUGUAUAUUUACAAAGCACAGAAGAGAAGCCAGAGGGAGGACUUAUAGUUGGCUGUGGUUGAUAAGAAUGUUGUCAUUGGGUGUGUCAGUGAAGGUCUUAAGGGGGAAUCUAACUGUAUUAUUGAAAUGGCUUGUGUGAGAAGCUUGCCCAAAGGUUCUCAAGGGACGAGCACAGGAGUGGUUUGACACAGGGCAGCACUUUGUUCCAUUGCUCUGACUCUUUAGUUAUAUUCUACUCACUCUGACGUUCAGUUAACAUGGCAGGAAAGUGCGGACUUUGGUUCCUCUUGAUUCUGUACCCCAUUCUGCUCCCUCCUGUGAACAGUUUCCACUGGUGGUAUGAUGAAGGACUGGUGUCCAGGAGUCUUCAAGUCAGUGACCUUGUCUCGGUGGGGCUAAAUCACGCAAAUUGUCUUAAACACAUUCUGAGAUACGUGUUUAGCCCAGUUUUCUAACUCUGAAUAUACGGUAAGGUUUAACCUCCAUUCCCUGAGCCGUUAAUGCUCUAGAAGUCUUCCGUCUACCCCAUUUACGUCUGAUACUUUUGGUUUUUUGAGAUCCAGUUGUGAGUUUUCUGAGGUCUCAUAUUAUGCUUUUUGGCUUAAGUUCUCAUUUAGGUAUAUAAACAAUAGGUAAAAAUAAAGUUUUAGUUCCUUUUUGAAAGCACCUAAGAUCUCGGACCUCCAGGUCCUAUGUUAAUCUUCUUCAAAUGGGAAGCUGUAGUCUUUCCCUGCAGCAUUACCCUUUCUCCAAUGGUUUCUCACCAGCUCCAUCCCUGGUCUGUUAAUUGUUGUUCAAUGUCUGUGGUCCCCAGAGACUGUGGGCUUCUCCAGGGCCAGGGAUGUUCCUGCCUCCUUCCUUGUUGCCUCUCCAGUAACUACCAAUGUCACAACCAAACAUGUGUUGAAUGCAAAAGACACUUUCCACUUAGAGGGUAUUGAUCUUUGGGUAAGUGAUUGAAUGUUGUUUUAUGAUUAUCUUUGACAUAGGCUUUAUGAAUGAAGUCACACACUUGAACAGCCCUCCCCUUUUUUAACGAUGUAAAAGCUUAAACAAUAGCUUAAACAAAUUUAGACAAGAAUAUUAUAACCCAGUAUGGUAUUUGGUACUAGAUAUAGAUUUUCUUUGUAAAACCUUAGAAACAAGACCUCCGCCUCCCUCUUAACCUUUUAAUGAAUAUCUUGGAUGUGAAAAUAGCAAUACACUGUUUUCUACAUAUAUUUUAAAUAGAGAUUUUUACUUUAAUAAAGGUGAAUUAAAAGUUCA